GUAAAAAUCACCAAAUUUUGCAUUUGAAGUGAAAAUAAUAAUUUUUAUUUGAUAAUUGAAAAUGACUUCUUUUAACACAAGUGUGACCGAAAGUACACAAAACGUGUCACGAGGCGAAUCCCCAGGCAAUUCUCCAUUCUCUUAUUUUUUCACCGGAACCGUUGAACGUGUCUUAACGUGGAACAGAAUGCUUAAACAACCUUGUUACUUUGAAGUCAUCGCUUCAGUACUUUCGUUGCAAGAAGGCGCAUUUGGCCAAAAAACCGUCCUCCUGAGGGACAAAAAGGGCCCCAUUUUGCAAGUCGUCUACUAUACGUGCUACGACAUUGACGAAAGCCCGAUAAUUGUCGGUCAAAUGUUGCGGUGCGUUGGCUACAUGACCGGGAUCAACACCUUAACUGCUGUUAGCAUUAGAACAGCAACCCCCGAUGAAGUUACCACCUUGAAACGCUACUGCUAUAUCGGCGAUUUCACCAUAUCGGGGAUAAUCAACGGAGAAAACCAUAAUUAGUAAUUAUGUGAAUAAUUGGUUGCCUAUGUGUCAGGCGUCUUAAAGAAAAUACCUUGUACUGUCUUAGUUUUUUGAUAGAAUAUGAAUAAUUGGUUGCCUCAACACUAGGUGUUUUUUCUUUAAAUAAACGUGUUUUGUCUUUGA